CCGCGUUGCUUCAAACUCUCCACUCCCUUGAUUCCACAUAUCAACCGCAAAGAUGGCCGCACGAUCCGCAGCCCUGAAGCUCGACUGGGCCAAAGUGACGACCUCGCUGGGCCUGCGCGGCCAGACGGUCGCGUCCCUGCAGGCGUUCAAGUCGCGCAACGACAACGCGAAGCGCAAGGUGCAGCAGCUGUCCGAGCUCCCCACGGCCGUCGACUUCGCCCAGUACCGCUCCACCCUCAAGAACCAGGCCGUCGUCGACGAGAUCGAGAAGCGCUUCAAGGCCUUCAAGCCCGCCACCUACGACAUCUCCCGCCAGCUCAAGGCCAUCGAGACCUUCGAGGCCGAGGCCGUCAAGAACGCCCAGGCCACCAAGGAGAAGGUCGACCUCGAGCUCCAGGACCUCACCAAGACGCUGCAGAACAUCGAGCAGGCCAGGCCCUUCGAGGACCUCACUGUGGACGACGUUGCCGCCGCCGAGCCCUCGAUCGACGAGAAGACCUCCAAGCUGGUUUCCAGGGGCCGCUGGGGCGUCCCCGGAUACAAGGAAAAAUUCGGCGACCUCUCCGUGCUGUAGAGAACAACAUGGGCAGCACCUUCCCUUUGUGUACGCUAGCAUUGUAGAUAUCGGGAUCGGAGAGGGCGGAGAAGUGAGAUGGACGGCAUGCUCAAGAAUACAAGUCAUUCAUCGGAUUUUCUGCACCUACUUGCAUUGAUGAUUUGGUCUGUCCCCAUCCUCGAGGCCACUGGCUUAAUGCUCGACCGGCCUGGGGUUUGGACCGUGUCUUAUCUCGAGAGGCGUAUGCAAAUGCUCACCACCAGCCGUUCCAACUCCGGGUCUGGGCUAUCCAAGCCAGCCCUUCAAGCAUCGCUUGGUCCGCCUCAAACGCCCUCUGCAGGUGCGGUGCCUUUAGCCAAAAGGUAUGCGGCCAACCCCGAACAACAUUGGUCCUGACUUCGACCCCGGCGUUCCUCAAGACCGUUGCAUAGCACGCGCCGUCCGAGUACAAAACGUCAUUUGUACACAUCUGGAUCCAUGUGCGCGGCAUUCCCUUCAAUCCUUCUUCGUCAACUUCAAGCGGCAUCCUAUCUAAGCCGUCCCGGGGCACCUCCCUCUUCAUAACCCCUAGGAGGCUGGUGUCGAAGCUCCUUUCCCAAGCGCUGGUGUGCAAGUGCCGGAUACCUUCAGGCACGUACUCCUUCCCGCUGAAUGCGUCGCUGGUUACCGGGCAGCGCAGGACGACACCUUGGAAACUCGUCUUGGAUACGUGCUGAGUCACCAGCGCGGCAAGCUGGCCUCCGCUCGACGAUCCCACGACGAGGAUCCUGGCACGUGGGUACCUCCCUACGACAAAGUUGAACGCGUCGACGCAGUCCUGCACGAUGGUGGUUGCUGGAUGCUGGGGCAGAAGCCGGUAGCCGACUGAAUAGAGCUGUAGCCCAGGGAGGAAGGCCUCCGAUUCCUUGAUGAUGCGCCGGCAGGACAGGUCCUCACUGUCGGCCUCGCCGACCACGAGACCACCGCCGUGGUAGUAGAUGACAACCCAUAGACACGCCGACUCAUCUUCGCUGCUCCGAGCGUACUGCAACAGGGGGAUAGCGAAACCGUCCAGCGUCGAGGGCACGUAAGUGGUCCUGGUCCCGAUCCCCUGUGCGAGGUGAUGAUCUCUUGCUCCGGGAGCUGUCAUGGCGUUGUUGCGCUCACGGCACUGCGCUGCGUAGAUCUGCUGUCUGACGGAAGGCUCCAUGGCUGGUUUUGGUGCCAGGAGGUCGGCCUCCUUUUCGUGACGGAGCCAUGCUGUGUCAAGCGGUGGUGCUUUGUACAGAACUGGCGGGUCUUCUUCCAUUUUCUGUCUCGUUCACCGUCCAAGACUGGACAAAGUGCUGGCAAUCAACUCCCAAUACUCAACAAGCUAAAAAAACCCAAUACCUGUACAAGCUGAGGUAGACUGAUUAGACACUGUACAUAUGUACUUGCUCGAACGACACCAAACUUGGUCGAG